AAGCCAUUUUUAUUUGCUCAGAGCUCUGUGCCGCUGAUGGGUUCAGAAGGAGGACGAACUUGAGGACAUCGUGUUUGGACGUAAAUAGUAAACUUUUGCUACACAAGGACAUAUUGUUAGAGUGCAGGAAAUGUUUUCUUUUUCGUCUACGGUCCAGCCGCAGGUAACGAUUCCUUUGAGUCACCUCAUCAAUGCCUUCCAUUCUCUGAAAAGCUCAGCCAGCUCUGUGGGCACAGCAUCAAUUCAGUGUCUUCAGAGAGAGCCUGCACCAGAGCAUGACUUUCAAAGCAGUGAGCCCUCUAUUAUCCUGAGGGAAUUGGGUCUGACCGAUCUGAAAACCAGUCAUCUGGAUGACCUGGUGAACCGACUCCUUCCCAGUGUUUCAACUGAGCAGCGCCUGAGCCACUCUCACUGGAGAACGUCGCACGUUUCAGCAAAUUCUUUUUUUCACAAUAAGCAUGGAUUCUCCAAUAGCACUCUGGGUCUGUCGGGCACACCCACACUAUACAGGCAGCACACACGUCCACUACAGGCAUUGUGCUCAGAUCUUCAGAAUUGGCCAGUUUGGAUCCAGAAUCGUGGCUUUAAAACUCUGAAAACCAAAACCAGACGGCUGCAGUCCGGUAGUGAACAGCAUGCCGAAUCAGAUGGAUACACCCCAUCAUUCAUGAAGGGACUUCUGUUUCGAGACAAGGGACCAGAAGUAGAAAGUUUAGACAAACUGAUGAAAAAUAAAAGCAUCCCUGAACCCCAGCAAGAUGCCUUCAAAACUGGAUUUGCAGAGGGAUUCUUUAAAGCUCAGACACUCACACAACGGACACAGGAUUCUUUGAGAAGAACACGUCUGAUUCUGCUCAUUCUGCUGCUGCUUGGUAUUUAUGGGUUGUCCAGAACCCCGUUUCUAUCUGUGCGAUUCCGAACUACAUCAGGAUUAGAUGCUGCAGUGGAUCCAGUCCAGAUGAAAAAUGUCACAUUUGAACAUGUGAAAGGGGCUGAGGAGGCAAAGAAUGAACUACAAGAAGUUGUGGAGUUCCUGAAGAACCCCCAGAAAUUUACUGUGCUUGGUGGCAAACUCCCUAAAGGCAUACUUUUAAUAGGACCGCCAGGUACCGGCAAAACCCUUUUAGCCCGAGCAGUGGCUGGUGAGGCGGAUGUACCGUUCUAUUACGCCUCGGGGUCAGAGUUUGACGAAAUGUUUGUUGGAGUGGGAGCCAGUCGUAUCAGAAAUCUCUUCAGGGAGGCAAAAGCAAAUGCACCUUGUGUUAUAUUUAUUGAUGAGCUCGACUCUGUUGGUGGAAAAAGAAUUGAGUCUCCUAUGCACCCAUACUCGAGGCAGACCAUCAAUCAGCUGCUGGCAGAAAUGGACGGGUUCAAACCAAAUGAAGGGGUCAUUAUUAUAGGAGCAACUAACUUUCCAGAAGCGUUGGACAACGCCCUUAUUCGUCCUGGACGAUUUGAUAUGCAGGUUACGGUCCCAAGGCCAGAUGUGAAAGGUCGGACAGAAAUUCUGAAAUGGUACCUCAAAAAAAUCAAAGUGGACCCUGCAGGCGUUGUCCCAGAAAGAAUUGCCAGAGGGACAGUUGGCUUUUCUGGAGCAGAUCUGGAAAAUCUGGUAAAUCAGGCUGCGCUGAAGGCAGCAGUGGAUGAAAAGGACAUGGUGACCAUGGAGGAUUUGGAAUUUGCUAAGGACAAGAUCCUUAUGGGUCCAGAACGCAGAAGUGUUGAGAUAGACGAUAGAAACAAAACCAUCACCGCAUACCAUGAAUCUGGUCAUGCCAUUGUUGCAUUUUAUACCAAAGAUGCUAUGCCCAUCAAUAAAGCCACAAUAAUGCCCAGAGGACCUACACUCGGACAUGUAUCUUUGCUUCCAGAGAAUGACAGAUGGAGUGAAACCAGAUCUCAGUUACUGGCCCAAAUGGAUGUCAGUAUGGGGGGACGGGUAGCCGAAGAACUUAUAUUUGGCAAUGAAAACAUCACCACAGGUGCAUCAAGUGAUUUUGACAGUGCAACGAAAAUUGCAAAGAUGAUGGUGACCAAAUUUGGAAUGAGUGAAAAGCUUGGCGUCAUGACAUAUACUGACACUGCUAAACUCAGCCCAGAAACCCAAGCUGCCAUUGAACAAGAAAUUAGGAUACUCUUAAAGGACUCGUAUGAAAGAGCAAAACACAUCUUGAAGAGUCGUUCAAAAGAACACAAGUACUUGGCUGAUGCUUUGUUGACGUAUGAGACUCUGAAUGCCAAAGAGAUUCAAAUCAUCCUGGAUGGAAAGAAUCUGGAACCGAGAUGAUCUUCCUUACGUCGGAUAGGAUUGGGAUUUUUAUCAACAUGAAUGUAAAUAAGCAAUAGAGCAGGGGGUUCCGCUGAAUGAAAUUGUUUGGUUUAUUUUUCUUAAUAUAGGACCUUUAUGUAUACAUUUUAUCCAAUUUUCUUCCUAGGUUUUGAUUCAGGCAGGAAGAGCACUUUUUCUUCUGGUAAAGAUUGCAUUUUUCUUUCUAGGGUGGUGCUUGUUUUACAAAUACACUUUUAGAAACCUAUGUGAUUGAAUCACUGGUGCUUCCUUGGAAGUUUAAGCAUCUCAGGGCUACAGCCAGCUGAUUUGAGAGAGACUCCUUCACAUUUUCUAGAAUAAAUAUGUGCUCUGUAUUAUGUUAUGAACUCAUAAUUCUGUCUCAGAAGUUGAAAUUGAAAGGUCUUGCUACCAGCAGUGUUUUCCCUCGACUCCUUGCAUCUGUAUUCAUGAGACAAUUGGUCAAUUAACAUGUACAAUAAAAAAUGUAAAUCUGAUUACUUCUCAAAUAUUCUGUUAUGAAAAAGUAGAUGGAAAAUUGCCAUCUCUAAUAGCAAACCUAGUUUUAAAAGGUCAAAUACCGUACAUGUCUGUUCCACAAACAGUAGCACCACAAUUGAAAUAUUCUCAAUCACAUUAGGUACAUUUGCAACCUUAAUCCAAAUACACUUGUAGUUCUUUUCCUUUAAAAACACUGUUUACUUUACUAAUCCAUCUGUUUGUUUAGGUUAAACAUUUGGUAUGAAUUCCACAUGUGCUAUGGUACCUGUUAAUUCCACAGGAAGGUCAGGUUAUAUUCUUAUAAUAAAUGGAAUCGUUGCCCAGAUCCCAAAAAUAAUUGGAAGCAUUAGACUUUGCAGCAUGUCAUGCACUUAGCCUUUCAAAACUUGGGUGAUGGAGCUGCAAGAAGUAGCAGAUCAUUGGUUAAUUGUGGGUGCUUGGGAGUUGGCCUACUGAAGCAUAUUUCAAAUUAAAACGCUGAAAUAGUAAUGUCUCAGUUAAAAUGGUACUUGACAUUUUUUAAACAAAUUUUAAGUAAAAUACGAUGUUAACUUAAACAACAAAGGUAAAAAUCUAUAUAUAUAGUAAUUAAAACCUUAAUUUAUAUCGCACACAACUAGUCGUCCAUGGUGAUGCAAUAGUGCAGGCUUUCACAAUUAAAGCCUGAUUUGUAUUUAAUUGUAAUUUACACCAACAAGUAUUUUAAUGUGGCUCAUCAGAAUCAUUUUAUUGUAAGCUUGCUGUACGUAAUAGACAGAUUUAAAAAUUAAAAUGUGUACAUUUCUGCAGUGAAAUAUCCCAUUUCUUGAAAGUUAUUUUUUGUUUCAGUAUGUGCAUCAUUUGCUUUUUUGGUGUUCCCUACAUAUGUAUGCCUUUUGUAUUCCUUUCAGCUUACUCUAGUGCCGCAGCGGAAGAUUUUUGGUUGUAUAAAACCUAAUUUGAACAGACUGUAAAAUUAAGCUAAUAAAGUAUAUAACAGUG